AAAAUAAGGCACAGCUUGAGCAGGACUACCUGGAGGGUCGUCAGCAUGUGCCAGCAACUCACAGCGACAGUGAGACAGACUCAGAGACAGAGCCUGUCGAGUGGCACCCUCUGAGUGCCAGUGUCACCCACAGUGUGUCGAAGUCCAAGACCAGUGUGAAUGGCAGUGCCGCCCCACGUAGAGAGGCUUCUGGUCAGGAAAGAAAUCGUCUCCAGAUAAAGAAAACUGUGGGCGCCACCAAUGCAGCAGCACGUCUUGAUGCAGCUUCCGCCCCUCUGCCUCUGCCUCAGCCUACAGCCAAGGCCACCAGCUCCAAGACUGCCAAAGACGGGUCCCUGGCUGAUCACGACAGGAAAAGGAUACACCAGCUGGAGGAGACGGUGAAGGUGAUAGAGAAGUCCUACAAGAGCCUGAAGAAGAGGAUGCGCACACUGGAGGAUGGUGGCGCUCCUGCCAAACAGCCCGCCGCCGUCGAUGCAGCUCCAGCAGAGGAGAUGUGCAACGGGCAGAACAUCACGUCACUGGAGGCCAGUGUCUCCCAUUUGGCUGCGGGGGAGAAGGACCUGCUGGAGGUUGUCAAGAUCCUGGCCCUGAAGGUUUUCAGCGCAGAUGAACUCCGCACCCACUCGCUGACGGGGAAGAAGACCUGCAAGGUGACGCCCGGUGACCCGAGACCUGCCCUCGACCAGGCUCGCUUCCAGCAGCUGGAGCAGCAGGUCAGGAAGAGGUGUGGGGUCUCCCACAGCACCUUCAUGGGGAAGGUACAAAACCUUCAAAAGGCACUGAGGAAGAAACCUGCCAGUGAGUGAACACUGAGGAGGGUGGUCCGAGUCUCCAGACUCGCCCCACUCAGUUGGGUCCGAACUCCGGGACCCAACUGUGUACAACGUUAGCAUCUGGACACACCCGACUACCAGUGACUGUGAGUGAAGUUCUGCCUGAGUGAAUGAACACUGAGGAGUCUCCAGACUCGCCCCACUCAGUUGCCGGUCCGAACUUCGGGACCCAACUGGGUACAACGUUAGCGUCUGGAGACACCCGACUGCCAGUGACUGUGACAGUGAACCUGCCAGUGAGUGAACACCGGGCGGCGGGCAGCUGAGUGUCAAGAACUCUGCUUCAAAUAGUGAUAGGAUUAAUUGUAGUG